UAGAUGAUCUCUAGAGGUCCCUUCCAACCCCUACAGUUCUGUGAUUCUAUGAUUCUUUGGUCUGCCUGUGAGUUUUACACAACGUUGUUGAAAGCCACCCCUCCUAGACCUAGGCUUUCUCAGGACUGUGGAUUUUGCCGUGCAGCUGCAAGGCCGAAACUGGUGCUGCACAUCUUUUUGUAGAUCUCCCUGGAUUGUUUUCUUAGUACCCAUUUUUAUAGUUACUCCAAGAACUAUUUGUGUAAUUGAUGCUCCAGGUUCCUUCCACUCCAGCAGUCCUGGACUUCCCAAGUGACUUCACAAAACAGAUGUUCCGUGGGGCUCUCCUGCCCCAUACCUGGGCAUACCUGCUGCUAUGCCAAUUGGCAAGAAAUUGUCCUCAUUCAUGCACUACAUCCACUGCCUUUGGUUCAGUCUCAUGCUGAAGUCACAAAUUGCUGGAGAAGAAUAUUUUCCGUUGAAUCUUGUGACUUGAAGGGGCCAAGAUCAGUUCCUUCAGCUCUGAUGGAAGAGAUACUGAAAACUAUUCAUGUGGCAUUGUUAAAGUCUGUCAGGACAUGCUUUCUGCUUUUGAAAAUUCAGGAAUGUUCACGGGGAAUUUGAAAGUCAAAACAGCCUUUUAAUUAUGUAAAAAGUUACUUUAUAAAACAGCUUUCCACAGCGCUCUUGAGAAACACUUCAGUAGUCACUUGUACCUUGAAAUAGCUUAAUUAUGUACUGCAGUUAACUUUUCCAGUUAAACUUUUGUGAAGAGAGAAAAUCCCAGUUGACUCAUUCUUUCUCAGUGGACUUUUUGCUGCUUCACAAGAGAUAACCAAUGUUGUUUCUCUAAUUCUGCAAUAGGAAUACAGCGAUUCUGGCUAAAAAUUCAUGUUGUUUGUUCUUCUCUCUGUUUGUCAAAUAACACGCGUAAACACUGAUGUGUAGCGAUAUUUCGUAAAACACUUGUUUGGCUUCUAAGUCGUAUCUCUGUCUUUUGCAGCCCUCUGUGGGUUUUCCUUCCUGGAUUUGUGAUAGAUAGGUGGAUAUAUUUAACUUCAGUGAAAAUUGAUUCUGGCAGAGUACGUGAUGCUAUUUUCCCUCUGUAAUUCUCUAGUGGGCAAGGGAACAAAUGAGAAAACAGUUGAUAUGGGAGGGGCUGUUAAUGCCACACUGGUGGUGAUCAGGUCAGAGGGGAAAUAAAAUCACAUCUGAACAUUUCACUUGCACAUUGGCUUUUACCAGGGAUGUUUGCCUUGAUUACCCUUUGCUGUUACGAAAGAUGUUCUUUUGCUCUGAGGUUCAAGUUAAAAGAGCUGAUGUCUCAUUAAACAGACAGAGGAUAUUCCUCAUUUUAAGAGACAGUAAACCAGAUUGAUGCAUUAAAUAAGGAGUCAAUUGCUUGGAAGGAAGCUUUGUCAAAACUGGUCUGUACAUUGCUGUCAGAUACACUGGAGAGACAUUUGCAGUGCUGUCUUAACGGAUUACAUUCGUGCUGUGAGAAAGAGGCUAUGGUUGCAACUUAGCAGCGGAUUAAGCUGUUAGCUUAAUUUUUCUUUUGUAGUGAUAUUAGCAAUUUCCUCCACGCUUCAACUCAUGAACUGGCCAGCAGCAGGAAGAGCUGUGUGUUGGAGCAGAAGCAUCCCUGGUUCCUGGUGUGCCGAGGGCUGUAGCUUCCCAGGGUGUGCUGUCUGUGCUGCAGCAAGAAGCCAUAGUGCUUUAGCAUGCUUGGCAUUUUCUUGGGGGAUCCAUAAGGCAUCAUAUGUAAACAACUUAGUGAUAAGAGAGGGAAGAGGAAAUUUUAGCAUGAUUGAUAAAUAAUGUCCAGUAAAGUCAUGGCAGGCUUUUGUCAUGUGAAUAUGGCAUGUAAAGAAAAAUGGAGAGAAAGAUUGAUGUGGGAAGUGUUAUGAAGAGCUUAACUCAUUUUGAAGUAGAUACAGAUGUAAAAGUGUAGGGGGAAGAUCAACAGCAAAAUGGUGUAGGUGUUAUCAGUAGUUUUUGUGCAAACUUCCAACAUAAUUAUGUGCAACUGGAUUCAGCAAUAUAUUAAUACAUUUAACUAUUGUGCAGUGCUUACAGUUUUAUGCUCUAGGACAAAUACCUGGUUUUCAGCAUAGAUAAUGCAGACAAUAAGAAAAGCAGAUAUAUCCCCAGGUUUUGUGCUGAGAGCACAGAGAAAUGUCAAUAUAAGCCAGUUUGCAUUUAAAUUGUAUUCAUCAUGGAUGUGUGAUGAAUGCCUGAUGAUGUAACUAUGCAUAUUGAUAAUCAUUCACAUGAUUUCUUCCAUGAAUAUUCUAACUGGCUAGGAAGAAGAACCCCCUACACACCCUGAAUGUUUUUAGCCAAGAGGUCCUGAGAUCUGCAAAAGCAGUUCAGAAUAGCUGCAAAUUUCUUAGGCAACAACCUCAUUCUCUUUAGACAAUUCUUGAACCUGACCUUCCAGUUGGCACCAUCAUUCCUGCUUCAGUCCCUGAAAUAUUCCUCCAAAGAUGCUUGGCAGUCUCAUCUGAAUCUUAAACACUUCUCUCAGUCUUUGCAGAAUAUUGUGUUCCUAGCUGUUAUUUAUAAACCAGCAGCAGAGAUGAAGGUUGUGGUUUAGCAGAAGUUUGUCUAUGUUUAACUAGAUGCCUUCAGCAAGACUGAAGAAUUUAGCUAACAUCAAGUCACUUAAAGCCACAUGUUGUUGGAGGAAGAAAGCUGCAGGUGUACUUCUGUUGCACUGCAUUUCUUUGUUAUGUUGCACUGUAAGUAACUAAUAAUGAACAAAUGGCAGCCCCCUGGUUUGUUUGCGCUGUGCCUAGUGACAGAGGUGUGUGCUGGGCUGUGGUGACUGCAGUGCACACUGCCAAGUUCUGUCACAUCUUACACUGUGCAUUGGAGAAUGUUUCCAUUUAAGGAUUGACUUGUCUGUUCUCUCCAAAAUCUAUCUUUUAUUAAAAAAAAAGAAAAAAAAGACUGAAGAAUGCAAAGCUGCAUUAUGUAUACACAUGACCAACUGUAAAUUUUCCCUGUCAAACAAGUACUGUAUACCUGUUGCAAAUGAAGUAUGUAUGUGUAUUUGUUAAAUCAAGAAAUCUUAUUCUGUUACAUUUUGGUUGACUAUAAGCUCGUGUGGUAAGAUAACUUUAUUUUGAGCCGGUAAGUGUAUCUGACUUCAUAAUACUCUAAGAAUAACUACAGCUUUCUGGGCUAUGGAGGUGGAAUUACAUUAAAAAGCAGCUGUCAUUUGCAUGAGGAUGCAGUAGCUGUCCUAGCUGGUUGGCAGCUGUGUCCCUGCAACUUGAUUCCAAAUCCACAGUUUUAAUGUAAAUAACUGGGAACAGUCUUAAGGGUUAUAAAUGCCAGUCCAGGCCUGGAUCUGCAUUCCUAAGUCAACUGAAACAGAAAUUUGCUUUUUGGAUUUAUGAUACCUUUUCUCUCUGUCACCAGGGUAUUUUUUGAUGGAAAGUUGGAAUGGUACAUCCCUUACUUGAGGUCUAAGUCAUACAUAUCACACCCAUAUAUUUCUUUGAUUAUUCAUUUCUUUUUCACCAUAUUGUAUUCCAGUAUAUUCUGCAUUUGCUUUGACCACAUGAAAUGAAACAUGGUGUUGAAGUCCAGGGACACAAGAAGUUGGUGUAUAUUUUUUGUGGAUAGAUAAGAAAGUCAAAUCUUGGUGAGAUCCCAUGUUAAUGAUUUACAGACAGAAAUACAGAGUUUAAAAGAGAGGUAAGUAGGAAAAAACUUAUCCUGUGAAAUCUGCAGACAUGUCUGGAAAGCCAGUUUGUGUUGCUGAUUUUGAACAUUAUGCUAAAACAUUUCUCCCCAAAUCAGUGUAUGAUUAUUACCGAUCCGGAGCAGAUGAUCAAGAAACAUUAGCAGAUAAUGUAGCAGCAUUUUCAAGAUGGAAGCUGUACCCCCGGGUGCUCAGGGACGUGUCUGUAAUGGACCUGUCAACCUCAGUCUUAGGGCAGAAAAUCAGCAUGCCGGUCUGCGUUGCGGCGACUGCUAUGCAGCGCAUGGCUCACCCUGAUGGAGAGACGGCGACCGCUAAAGCAUGCCAGGCAAUGGGGACAGGAAUGAUGCUGAGCUCCUGGGCCACCUCCUCCAUUGAAGAAGUUGCUGAAGCAGCUCCUGGAGGCCUUCGCUGGCUGCAGCUUUAUGUGUACAAGGACCGAGAGGUUACCAAGUCCCUAGUGAAGCGUGCAGAGAGAGCAGGUUACAAAGGAAUCUUUGUGACUGUGGACACACCAUUCCUCGGAAGGCGUAUUGAUGAUGUGCGCAACAAGUUCCAGCUUCCCCCCCACCUCAGGUUAAAAAAUUUUUCAAGCAACAACUUGGCCUUCUCCUCAGGGCAAGACUUCGGGGAAAACAGCGGACUGGCUGUCUAUGUAGCCAAUGCAAUUGAUGCAAGUAUCAGUUGGAAAGACAUCAAAUGGCUUCGGGAGCUGACAUCACUGCCCAUUGUUGCAAAAGGAAUCCUAAGAGGUGUGUAG